UUGCUAUUAAUUCCUCCUUGAUUUCUCCUGACCAACCACAUGCUUAUGUUACCAAGCGACAUGAAGUGUAAAUAUUGACAGAAUCUGCAGGUGUAUCAUAUUUUUGUUGCAUGGAAUCCAGGAAAUGAUUAAACCAGCACUUCAGCUUGAGCUAGAUAUCCUUUUUAUAAUGACUUCUUUGCAAGAUUCGGAUCCAAUUAUGCGAGACUACAUGAUUAAACAUUCCCUUCCUCAGAUUUAUAAGGCUUUACUUGCUGGAUUAUGUAUCUCACGCCCUGAAGAUCCUUUGCACUUUAUAGAGGAGAAGAUCCUAUCCAUCCUUGAGGAUCAUGAUUUUGAGAUCUGCUGGCACACAUUUAUUGACAAAGACAAACAAAUCUCCUUGUUGGCAGGAGGCAUUGUGUAUGAUAUAUUUGGAAAUCCAGAAGACAGCCUGUGUCUGUCACAUUUGUUGGAGAAAGCGUACUCCUGUUACCGCACCAGCCUGACCAAAAUGUGUUUCACGGGUUGGAAGAGUUAUAUUUCAAAGAAGAAAAUGAAGGCUGCCAGACUCUUAGAGAGAAUGGAAGAAGCUGAGAAGUAUCACAAACAGAGACGGAUAAAACAGGCUUUCAUCAGGUGGACAGUGUGGCUUCAGUUUCGCAAGCAGAGGCAAAAUGAUGCUGUGAAGAAACUUCAAAAAGUGCAGGAGUCUGUUCACUGCAGAAACAUCAUCACGGCUUGGCGUCAUGUUGUGCAGGACGCUAAAAGAGCAAAGGAAUACUUUAAGAGGCUAGAGAGAGAUAUACAAGAAAGUCAGAACUCAGAGAUACCACAAGGCGAUGGCCAGGACAGACUAUCACUGCUGCCUAACAAGCUUUCUCUUAAGAUCUUCCAAAGUCUAGGUGUGCGUGAGCUCCUGAAAUGCGCUCAGGUGUGUCGCUCUUGGAAAGCGAUUGCUCAAAUUAGCUCCCUGUGGACUGAGAUUGAUUUCUCCCCUGAAGCCCGCUGGAUCACAGAUCAGACCGUGGAGAGGAUACUGCGAGUUCAUCGUGUCUAUGUGAUCUCUGUGAACUUGUGCGGCUGCACUCUGGUGCACGAGUCCAGUUUUAGACGCAUCAGUAAAUUUACUUUAAUCAGCCUCAGGCAUUUCUGAUGUAAUAAAAAACACGAUAAUGAUCUUUCUUUUUUUAUUUUUGUCAAAGGUCAGUGCAGAAAUCUUCAAGAACUCGAUCUCAGUGAAUGCCCACAUCUUAAUGAUGAUAAUAUGAAGAUGAUUUUAGAGGGAUGUCGCUCUCUCCUCCAUCUCAAUCUGGCCUUCACUCAUAUUACUAAUGCUACUGUAAGAAUCCUUUCAAGAUGCUGUCUGACGCUGCGGUCUCUGAGUCUGGCAUACUGCGUGAGUUUCUCUGAUAAAGGCCUCCAGUAUCUGAUCAAAGGAAAAGGCUGCCACAGACUCACUUAUCUGGACCUCUCCGGAUGCUCUCAGAUAUCUGUGGAAGGCUUUACAUAUGUUGCUGAAGCUUGCAGCUCACUUCAACAGAUUGUGUUAGACGAUCUACCCAAUCUGACUGACAUCUGUGUGCAGGUUUUAAUGUCUAAAUGUCGUGUGCUGACUGCGAUUUCUUUAUUGGACUCACCGUAUCUGUCUGAUGUGGCUUUCAAAACGAUGGCUGAAGUGAUCAGCCUCAUCAAGAUCCAAAUAGAAGGUAAUAACCGUAUGACGGACAGCAGCUUGAAGGCCUUAUGCCGAAGCUCUCUGAAUCUGAGUGAGGUCCAGAUGUCUGACUGCACUCGCUUGACUGAUGCCUGCUUGAAGUCUUUAGGAAGUCUGACAAAACUGUGCAGCUUGAAUAUCUCGGGCUGUAUCAAAGUGACUGAUAUGGGAAUCCAUAACAUCACUGAAGGAGCAUUUGCUGUUGAACUGCGAGAGCUUGAUCUCUCCUUCUGCCCAAAACUUACUGACCUAUCCCUGAAGAGAAUAACUCAGAAAUGUAGCAAGCUGACCCACCUGAGUGUGUGUUUCUGCGAGAACCUGACAGAUAAGGGCUUUGAGUGUCUGGACAAAUGUGCCUCUCUCGUCUCUCUGGACAUCACGGGCUGCAAAAUACAUGACAAAGGACUAGCAGCCUUGGGAACUAUCCACAGUCUGAGAAAACUGACUGCAACUGAAUGUGUUUGCUUAACAGAUAAUGGAAUAAAGAUGUUUUGCCGACAGUGUCAUCGUCUGGAGUUUUUGGAUGUGUGUCAGUGUGUGUGUCUUUCUGAUCAAGCCAUCAAGUCCCUCUCCUUCUUCUGCAGGACCAUUGCCACAGUCAGAAUCGCUGGAUGCCAUAAAAUGACAGAUACAGCUGUGAAGUAUCUGACAAGAGUUGGUCACUUCCUGAAGGAGCUGGACGUGAGUCGCUGUCCCCUCCUGACUGACCGAACCCCUUGCUUUCUACUGUGCAGCUGUCCACAGCUGCGCUCUAUCAGCAUGCUCUACUGCAAGAACAUCUCCAAACAGGCCGCUCUGAAACUGCAGUGCCGCGUUCAAGACUGGAAACACUGUACUGAUGAUGCCCCUCACAGUCUGGACUAACUACUAAAACUCGACCAGAUCUGGACCAGAUGGAGAAACAAAGACUGGAGGACGAGAACAGUAAAUUGUUUGGUAUCGAAAUGUCUUUGGAAUUUAAAGAAGAAAAUUCUUGUUUUUAGUAUAUAAACAAAUUAUUAUUAUUGGUUAUUGUCCAGCAGUGUAUCUCAUUUCUAAGCCAAAUAAGAGAAAGUUGCCUGCUGUUUGAUCCAAAGUAGGCCUAUCAUGUGACACGAGACUGGAGUAGUAAUGCUAAAAAUUCAGCUUUCAUCACAGCAAUCUAUGACAUUUAUCAAUAUAUACAAUAGAAAGCAGUUGCUUUACAUAGUAUUUUAGAUCAAAUGAAAUGGUGAGCAGAAGAGACUUUACUGUUCAAAAAGGACAGAAAUGUAAAAUUAAUUCCAAUUAAAUUAAUUUUUGUCACAAAAUAUUUUUGAGCAUAUACUCCUGGUU